UAAAUCUGUCUGCAUAUUUAGUGCAUUGUCUGCUUCUCAUUACCUCUUCUCUACAAAGUCUCUCACUGAUCUCUCUGAUCACUCUCGUACUUGCAUGAAUAUUAUUGUUAUUAUAUAUGAUCUUAAUUUGCAGUAGUGUUUUUCUAAGUUUUCUUUCCCAAAUCAUGGUACAAUCCAAGAAAUUCAGAGGCGUCAGGCAACGCCAGUGGGGCUCUUGGGUGUCUGAAAUUCGCCACCCUUUACUGAAGAGGAGGGUAUGGCUAGGGACAUUUGAGACAGCUGAGGCAGCAGCAAGAGCAUAUGAUCAAGCAGCUAUAUUGAUGAAUGGACAGAAUGCCAAGACCAAUUUCCCAGCAAGUCAUCUUGAUCAAGACACUAAGCUCGGCAAAGAUAACAACUCUCCCUUGCCUGCCAAGGCACUGGCUGAGCUUCUCUACUCAAAGCUAAGGAAGUGUUGUGGAAAAGACCCUUCUCCUUCACUCACUUGUCUAAGGCUCGACAAUGAUAACUCUCAUAUUGGCGUGUGGCAAAAGAAAGCUGGCUCUUGUUCAAGCUCGAAUUGGGUCAUGAGGGUCGAGCUUGGAAAUAGCAACAGGAAGAGCACACAAGUUAUGGAGGAAUUACGACCUUCAUUGUCAUCAGAAUCAUCGUCAAGAGUUGAGAUUGAACCUGAGAUUAAUGGUACGGAUGAAGAGGAUAAAAUUGCUAUGCAAAUGAUAGACGAGCUACUUAAUUGUAAUUAAUUGACCUUCAUGGAACCUCUAUUUCUUGUGGGGUCUAGACACCGGACCUUCCUUGACCCCUGUUCGUGCCCUACACAGUAGCUAGCUAGAUAGUAUGUGAAUCCCUAUAUCUCCAGACCAUCACCUCAUAUAUAUAUAUACAUGCAUUUGCCAAUUUCCUCACAGAUAUACAGUUGCCAAUCAUAGAAUCCAAUAAUCUCCAUGACUUUAGGAACUUAGUCUUCGUGAUUGGUGACUGGAAAAUAUAUAUUCUACAAACCAAUAAACACCUGCUUUCAGCCCAGACACCAUUUCUCAAUGCAAGCUGUGUUGAUUAGACGCCACAAGCCUGGGUAUAAUAACUUGUGGAGUACUGCAUAUAAAGCCAGUUUGCCUGAUGUGCAAGGAGAAUCAGCCAACAUGGUGAAUUCUCAUGAUGUAUAUCAUCUCUUAUUUACAGCUGCAGAACUAUCUGUGGAAAGGGAAUAAAUAUAUACAUAUAAGAUCCUUUCCUUUUCUUUCAUUUCUAAUUAAGAGUGGCUUGAGUUUUAAUUUGAUGAGAAAGACGUGGGGUAUACAUACCUACCUCCUUGUUUACAGGUGUGCCAAUUUACUCAUAAAAAUGUAAGUAUUUGAAUACUAUAUUAUAUAUAUAAAUGUGUUUUUAUUUAA